AAUCCAGGGCGUGUUUAUGUUGGUGGUGGAAGUAGUGGGUGCACGCUACAAGUCUACAACUCGACAACACACCAUCACGCCGACGCCUUAAUAAACUUAAUAUAUUAUAUAUAUUUUUUUGACAAUUUCUAACAAGUGUUUUUUUUCGAAAUAUAUUUAAAAUGGAAACGAUAGAAAAAUUUAAAUAAGAAAUAUUUAUAAUUAUAAAAUUGUUGAUGGUGUUUUUGGUGUAGUUGUUGUUGUUAUUUUAAUAAUUGGAAAACGUUGUUUUGUACUGUUAAAAUUUACUAUAAAAAAAUAAAAAAUGUUGACACAUUGUGGAAUAACAAAAAGCAUUAUUAUCGUAGCAAGUUUUUUGCUGGGCGUUGUCGGACAAUUUGAAUGGCAACCAAGAGAUGCAUUUGAUGAAAUUAAAAUGCGAAUGGACAAGGUGACAUCUGAUAAUUGUGAAAUUCAACAUUUAGGAGAUUUAUUUUUGCCAGAUGAUUCUGUAUCACAUUUACCAGAUAUCAAAGAUAUCAAUGUUAAUCCAGUAUUUCCAAAUAGAACUGCUUUGGUACAUCUUCAUAAUAUGGCAUUAAGUAGAUCAUUUUUUUGGAGUUAUAUAUUACAAUCAAGAUUCAUAAGACCAGCAAUAAAUGAUACAUAUGAUCCUGGUAUGAUGUAUUAUUUUUUAUCAUCUGUUGCUGAUGUAUCAACAAAUCAACAUAUCAAUGCAUCUGCUGUUUAUUUUUCACCAAAUACAUCAUAUUCACCAAGUUAUCGUGGUUUUUUUAAUAAAACAAUGCCAAGAUUUGCACCAAGAACAUUUAGAUCUGAUGAUUUUAAUGAUCCAGUACAUUUAGAAAGGAUAUCAACAAGAAAUACAUUUAUUGUUGAAGAUCUUGGUGCAUUUCCACAAGGUAGUCCAAGUCUUGAUUACACUGCUGAUGACUAUCGUAUAAAUCACUGGUACAAGGCAUGGCUACCAGAUAAUCCAGACAAAAGACACGACACAAAAACAACUUAUCAAAUUCAAAUAAGAUAUGCAAAUAAUACAAAUGAAACUUUUUCAUUUCAUGGACCACGUGGCGCUGAGGAAAAUCCUGGACCAGUUAAAUGGACAAAGCCAUAUUUUGAUUGUCACAGAUCGAACCGUUGGCUAGUUGCUGCUGUUGUUCCUAUUGUCGAUAUUUAUCCUCGUCAUACAGGUUUUCGUCACAUUGAAUAUCCCACAUAUACAGCUGCAACUGUUAUGGAAAUGGAUUUUGAAAGAAUUGAUAUUAAUCAGUGUCCAAAGGCAAAUGGUAAUAUUGAUGCCAAUAGAUUUGUCUCAACAGCUAAAUGCAAAGAACAAAAUACUGAAUGUGAACCGUUGCAUGGCUGGGGAUUUAGACGUGGUGGUUAUCAAUGCAGAUGUAAGCCAGGCUACAGAUUGCCAAAUAUUUAUCGUCGACCGUAUCUUGGUGAGAUACUUGAACGUUCAACACAAGAAGAAUUUUACAAUGGUUUUGAAUGUUCAAAAAUUGGAUGGAUACAUAAGCUACCAACAAAAUUGGAAAAUUCAACAAGAGCUAUUAAAAAUAAAUAUUUAGAAAAACAUUACGAGUAUCAAAAUUAUUCAACUGGUCCAGAAUCAUUACAAGCUCAAAAAAUAAAUAUUGAACAAGCUAUGAAUUUUGUACUUGGUGUUAAUAAAGAUAAUUGUAAAGAAUUUACUAAAAAUCAAUUGACAUUACAUGGUGAUAUUGGCUAUGGAUCAUCUGAAUUUUUUGAAAAUGAAGCAAAAAUGGCAACAAGAUUGGCUAAUUUUAUAAGUGCAUUUUUACAAAUAUCAGAUCCACAUGAAGUUUAUUCUGGUAAACGUGUUGCUGAUAGUCCACUGACUGAGGAUCAAAUGAUUGGUGAAACAUUGGCUUUGUUACUUGGUGAUACUAAAAUAUGGUCUGCUGGUACAUACUGGGAUCGUAAUAAAUUUACAAAUAGAACAUUUUUUGCUCCAUAUGCAUGGAAAGAAAAUAUUAAUGCAAGAAAAUUAAAUGUUGAAGAUUUAGCACGUUUAAAUUCAACAGAUGUCGUUUAUACAAAUCAACCAUGGUUUAAAUUUUUACAACAAAGAUGGGCAACAAAUUUUGAUGAAUUAGAAAAAUAUUUUUUAAAAAUUCACAUGCGUUUUAAUGAAACUGGAGAGCACAGAAAUCAAUACGAACACUAUCCAACAUUUUACAGGGCAGCAAACCUGAACCAUGGACAUUGGACAACUCCUUAUUUCGAUUGUAACGGCAAAGUGAAUAAAUGGGUAAUUACCUAUGCAUCCCCAUUUUUUGGCUGGGACAGUCUCAAGGCUAAACUGGAAUUCAAAGGUGUUGUUGCUGUAACUAUGGAUUUAUUAACACUUGAUAUUAAUCAAUGUGAUGAUGCAUUUUAUGUACCAAAUGCAUUUAAAGGAACUCACAAAUGUGAUAAAAAAUCAUCAUAUUGUGUACCACUAUUGGGAAGAGGUUUUUAUCCGGGUGGUUACAAAUGCGAAUGCAAACAAGGCUUUGAAUAUCCAUAUGAAGAUUUGAUAACAUAUUUUGAUGGACAAAUUCUCGAGUCUGAAUUCAAUCAUCUUGUUCAAGAUAAGCCAAAUAAAUUUGACAUGUUCAAGUGUCGUUUAGCUGGAGCAGCUGGUCUACGAUCCAGUUGGUUACUUAUUUUAGCUGGUAUUGCAUGGCUUUUAUGUCAUUAUUGCAAAUAAUUUUUUUAACAAUUUUAAUUUUAUAUUAUGUGAUUAAAUUAUGUUUAUUGAGAAAAACAUAUCAAUAAUCCAUCCGUCCAGAGGGUAAUAUUUUUUUUACUAUUACUUUUCUCAAUGAAAUUAUUAAUUUUAAAUGAAUAUCAAUAAAUCCGUCCAAAUACACGACUAUUGAUAAUAAUGUCAGUACAAUUUUUUUGUUCAAAUGAAAUAUUUAUACAUUUUAAUUUUAAGCUUUAAAAAAAAACUAUCUAUCAUAGGUGCGAUUUGAUUUGUAACUUUUUUUAAAAACGAUAUAUUAUAUUAAUAAAUAAUUUUUAAACUCA